AUGGCAGCAACAAGAAGCCUUAAAUCUUUCGCGAUUUUCGCCAUUUUUGUUGCACUACUCUUCUUGAGCAAUUUCGCUUUCUUCAGUCAAGCUCGUCCGUUGACCAACAAUGGAAAAAGCAUUAAGAACUCGGCCAACGACAUGCAUGCAAUCGAGGUGGUUCUGAAUCGUCUCAUCGUCGCGGCCAUUAAGACCGGAGGGCCGAGUCCCGGCGGAGGAGGGCAUAUGUCAACCACGUCGGCCGGUUUAAACCUGGGAGAGAUUAAGAAAUCCGGCCCUAGUCCCGGUGGUGGAGGGAAUUGA